UCCCAGAUCCCUGGAUUCCAUGGGGCUGCCGCGCUGAGGGGAUGGAGGGGCUCUGCCUGCUCUUGGUGGCUCUUUCCGCCGUGGCACCUGCACAAGUCCCCACAGAAACGACGGAACGUCCCGGUACUCCAAGCGGGAACACCUCAGUGACACCGGGUCCCGGAGGACUCCGGCUGGCGGGCGGCCGGACCCCCCCCCCCCCCCCCCCCCCCCCCCCGGCGGGCGGCCGGAGCCGCUGCGAGGGCCGGGUGGAGCUGGAGCAGCAGGGGACGUGGGGGACAGUGUGUGACGACGGCUGGGACAUUCCCGACGCCGACGUCGUGUGCCGCCAGCUCCAGUGCGGCCACGCCGUGAGAGUCCACGGGAACGCCGCCUUCGGCCGCGGGCACGGCCCCAUCCUCCGGGAUGAGGUGGGAUGCGAGGGACACGAGCGGCACCUCUGGGAAUGUCCGGCCGAGCUGGAGCACGACUGCAGCCACAAGGAGGACGCUGGCGUGGUUUGCUCAGAACACCAGGAGUGGCGGCUCUCCGGAGGCCGGGAUGGAUGUGCCGGCAGGGUGGAGGUGUUUUUCCGGGGCACGUGGAGCACGGUGUGUAACAGCACCUGGUACGAGACGGAGGCCACGGUGCUGUGCCGGACGCUGGGCUGCGGGGAUGCGCUCCAGCGGCCUGCCUUCGGACACACGCUUCCCGGGAAGAUGGUGUACCUGUGCGGGAGCCUGCAGCCCUCGCUGGCGCAGUGCCUCUGGGCCUUCAACAAAUCCGCUCCGUGUUACCAGUCCUGGGCUGCCGGGGUCAUCUGCAACGGCUCCCAGGGUUUGGAGACGCUGACGCCCACAGCUGAGGUGGUGCCCAGGAAUGUCACUGUCCUGCACGCCGAGGAGGGGACCCCAACCUUGGGGACACCACCACGGGACAGUCCCCUCUUUGUCCUGUGCCUGGUGCUGGCGGCGCUGCUCCUGCUCUCCGUGCUGGCCUUUUCCGCUGCCCUGCUGAGGCUGAGGAAGAGGAGUGCCAUGUCCUCCUUUGGAAUGCCCACACCAGUACAGGUGACCCACAGCUUCCAGAGGCCUGACGCACCCUCCGGCAUCCCCAACGACUACAGGGAGACUCCCAACAGCCUUCCCAAAGGAUCAGACCCUCUGGUCACAGCCAUUUCCAAGGAUUCUGAUUCCGACUCGGAAUAUUAUGAGUUCAGCAGCAAGCCUCCCAUCGCCCUGUCCACCUUCUACAACUCCCUGCGCCGGCAUUCCAGGGAGGAUCUUCUCCCUCUGAGACCCAGUCAGGACAGGAUGGAGCCAUUCCCUGAGGAUGUGCCAGCCAGGUCAGGACCCCCACUCCACAACUCCUCCAGCUCGUCCACAUCCUCAUCCAUGGAGCCCCGUUGGAAUGGCAGCAUUCCCCCCGCUGCCCACGGCACCCAGUGGCAACCAGCAGUCACCAACCAUGGCUACGGCACAGCUCCCCCCACAGCGCCUGCCCCAGUGCCCUCCCAGCCCUGGGUACCUGCAGCUCCGGCAGAUCCCGAUCCCGACGGCAGCUCCAGCACCUCCUCGGGGGAGUGGUACGAGAACGUGCAGGAGACGGAGCCCCCCGGAGACCCCUCCUCACAUCCUGGCUGGUCGGAUCCAUCCUGUCCCUCGGGGGAACACGUGGAGGAUCCCGACUUUUCCGAGGGCAGCGACUACGACGACAUCCACAGCUCUGCCUACUGAGCCUGUCCCACCGCUCCAGAGGCCAAAUCUGGAAUUCUCUGGCUAUCUC